AUCUUAACCGUCGAGAACGGAAGUUCCUGAGCGUUCAAACCCGCGGGGAAGCAACUCGGCAACGGACCAAGAUGGCGGCGCCCACCGAGGGGCUAACUUUUGUCGCAGGGGUGGAAAAGAAUUGGGGUGCGGUUGUUCGCUCCCCCGAAGGGACCCCCCAGAAAAUCCGGCAGCUGAUAGAUGAGGGGAUUGCCCCAGAAGAGGGAGGCGCGGAUGCGAAGGACACAUCUGUCACCUUGCAGUCAGUUAAUGGAUCACCCCAGGCAGAACAACCUCCGUUGGAAUCUACAAGCAAAGAAGCCUUCUUUAGCAGAGUGGAAACAUUUUCUUCUUUGAAGUGGGCAGGUAAGCCCCCCGAGCUGUCUCCACUCGUCUGUGCAAAAUAUGGCUGGGUCACGGUUGAGUGUGAUAUGCUCAAGUGCUCCAGUUGCCAAGCUUUUCUCUGUGCCAGUUUACAGCCAGCUUUUGACUUUGAUAGAUAUCAGGAACGAUGUGCUGAGCUGAAGAAAGCCUUGUGUACUGCCCACGAGAAGUUCUGUUUCUGGCCAGACAGCCCCUCUCCAGAUCGAUUUGGGAUGUUGCCAUUGGAUGAGCCUGCUGUUCUUCUCAGUGAAGUUCUAGAUCGUUUUCAAAGCCUUUGUCACUUGGACCUCCAGCUUCCUUCUCUGAGGCCGGAAGACUUGAAAACUAUGUGCUUGACAGAAGACAAGAUCAGUCUUCUCCUAAACCUCCUUGAAGAAGAACUUGAUCACCGAACUGAUGAGAGAAAAACUACAACCAAAUUAGGCUCAGACGUCCAAGUCCAUGUCACUGCCUGUAUUCUCUCUGUGUGUGGCUGGGCGUGUAGCUCUUCCCUGGAGCCCAUGCAGCUCUCCCUGAUAACGUGUGCACAGUGUAUGAGGAAGGUGGGGCUCUGGGCCUUCCAGCAGAUCGAGACCUCCGUGCCCGACCUGGAGGCAUCCUUCGGCCUGAGCAGCUCCCCCAUCCCAGGCCCUGAGGGGCGGCCAGAGCGCUUCCCUCUGGUGCCAGAGUCCCCUCGGAGGAUGAUGACCCGCAGCCAGGAUGCCACAUUUUCCCCAGGCUCAGAGCAGGCUGAAAAGAGCCCAGGUCCCAUCAUCUCCCGAACUCGGAGCUGGGACUCUUCCAGUCCUGUUGACCGUCCUGAGCCGGAGGCUGCUAGCCCCACCACCAGAAGCCGCCCAGUGACCCGAAGCAUGGGAACAGGAGACACCCCUGGCCUGGAAGUGCCAUCUAGCCCUCUGCGGAGAGCCAAACGAGCUCGCCUCUGCUCUUCCAGCAGCUCGGACACAUCUUCCCGAAGCUUCUUUGAUCCUACCUCUCAGCAUCGAGACUGGUGUCCAUGGGUGAAUAGCACGCUUGGCAAGGAAACGAGGGAGAACAGUGGAACCGAUGGCGGCCCCCCUGGCGAGCCAGGCUGGAAGGCAGUGUUGAACACCCUCCUGGCCCACACCCAGUCCAGCCAGCCAGCUGAAGCUGACUGCAUGGCUUUUGUUGAGACACUCAUCCUCAAAGAGAAUAAGAAAAUUCUGAAAAUGUCAUCUGAUGUCAGAAAGUGUCCAUUGCCUUGCUGAUGUCAUUUGUGCUCUCACCGAGAUCCAUUCUGCGCGGGCUGUCCGUGCUCUUCAUCGUGACCUGCGAAGGCAGAGAGAACCCAGGGUUCCGACUCACCGAGAACUUUAUCUGUCAGUGAACUGCUUUGUCUCCCUGUAACACCAUCUGUGAGAAUCCCAGAUCACUUCAUAGGCAUGAUCAAGUGGCAAUGAGAUUCUUCCUAUUAUUAGCUCUGCUGGCUAAAACAAGUUGAGAAGGCCAAGGUCAUCGUUUAAACCCUUAAGGUCAUUUAACUUUGCCUUAUUACUUGCCUUGGGUUAUAUUGUUAACACCAGCUGGGUAUCAUGAAGAUGUGGAUCCUUGUUCCCAAGAAAUAAUGAUUUAGAAGGAGGAAAAUGCAGAUCAGAAUUCCAAAUCUCAUGAAAUCCAGACUUUCUGGAGCCAGGGAAACGGGAUGAACCCCCCAAAACUGUUGUCCAUAGAUGAUCUUUAAACCUUAAACUGAAAAUAUUCCCUGAAGUCUUAAAACCAAACAAUAGUUUAGCUUAACUAGUAGAAAAAAAAUAUCUGCCUUGAGCAUUGUGUUCUCUUAAGAACGAUCUAGAUGGGAUCAGAUUGGCAACAGCAACUCAAAAGAUUAGAUAGGAACCUUAGGGGACAGCAAGUUUAUGUUAAUGGGGGUGGAACAACUCAGAAAAGGAGAGAGAGAAUGGUUGCACAGCUUGAAGACUGUCCAUGGAGAAACUGUCAAAUUGGUGUAUGUUUUACUGUGUGUGUUCUCCACAACAACAGAUAAGUUCAGGCCAGCUAAGCAUCACAAAUGAGAAACCAGUGCACAGUGUGUGCUGCACAGGUGGUGGGUCAGAGUGCCCUCACAGACAGACCCAGCUGCUUGGAGGGGGGCGUGAGUGUAUCCUAGAGGCCCAGAGUCUGUCAGCAGUAGGUCUAACAGUAGAACACAGGCUUCUAGAUACCUGAGGUGUACAUUAUUUAUAGCACAAUGAAAAGUGUAAUUUGUUUGACCCCCUCCUAGACAUUGCGACAGGAGCCCUGGUGGCGCAGUGGUUAAAGCAAUCAGCUGGUAACUGAAAGGUCAGCAGUUCAAAACCACCAGCGGCUCUGUGGGAGAAAUGUGGCAGUCUGCUUUCAUAGAGAGUUACAGCCUUGGAAAUCCUGUGGGGUCGUUGUGGGUCAGAAUUGACUUGACAGCAGUGAGUUUGGUUAGACAUAGCUACAUCAUUGCAGGAGAAAUUUACAAACCAGGCCUCAAAGCUGUUACCCGUCCUUUGUCUCUAUGAAAGAAUUCACUCUCUUAAUGAGUU